GCGGGUCCCGAGACCGGCCGACAGUGCGGCCACUCCAGUCUGCAGCACUUCCGGGAUCUGGGCAGGAAGGCUGCGUGACGUCAUCCGGUGGCGACGCUGUGGCUGUAUAAUCCCCAUGGCUGCGCUGACCUGACAUUCGAUUUCCAGCUCGGGCAGACACAAGAUGAGCAGCAUGUUCGCAGCCAGCCACUUACUGUAUGCAGCCAGGACCAGGGUGAGUGUUCCAUGAUGGAAUCCUGAGAUACAGACCGCAAUGCUCUGUCUAUCUCAUUGACACACAGCACAGACUGCAAGCUCUUACUGUCACCAGCACUGCUUCAUUACAGGGGCAUAGUGUGUUGUCAUGGUUACAGUGAGAUAAUGUUUCUGCAUAAAUUAAUGGCUUUUCAGCUGCUGCCUGCACUUUGUCUGUCUGUGGGAAUGAAGGUUACACUGAUUGCUGUACUAGAGGGCAUAGGGGUCCUGUCAUCUGAUGUGCUGUUUAUUGUUAACUGGUACUAGGGAAAUCCCUGAUCAUAAGCAGCAUAAUGGGUAAAAUUUAAGUGAGACAAAAAUUAUGACCAUCCAAAAACCUGUAAGAUUUGAACUAUUAAAUAAUGGUGACUACAUUGUGGGGGGUGUGUAUAUAUUACACAAAGCAGGGUUUAUAGUUUGUGAUUCUAUGCUGUGAGAUAAUUUCAUGUAGCAUGUUAUUAUCCCCUUAAGGAAAAUUUCCAUCAUGCUGGCCCUUUACUUCUGGAGCUGUGCCCUUAAAGGACCACUAUAUGCACCCAGACCACUUCAACUCAAUGAAGUGGUCUGGGUGCCAGGUCCAUCUAGUGUUAACCCUGCAGCUGAAAACAUAGCAGUUUCAGAGAAAUUGCUAUGUUUACACUAGGGUUAAUCCAGCCUGUAGUGGCUGUCUACCAGACAGCCGCUAGAGGCGCUUCCGAGCUUCUCACUGUGAAAAUCACAGUGAGAAGACACUGGACGUCCAGAGGAAUACAUUGAGAAAUGCUUUUCUUUGGACUGUUUAAAUGCGCAUUCGGCCCUGAUAUCGACAGAGGAAGAAGGAGAGUUCCCCAGCCCCGAGGGAGCCCGGCGCUGGAGAAAGGUAAGUGUUUAACCCCUUCAGCCAGGCUAGAGUGGAACCCUGAGGGUUGGGGGGACCUUAAGACCAUAUAGUGCCAGGAAAACCAGUUUGUUUUUCUGACAUUAUAGUGGUCCUUUAAGGGGUUAAAUUAGUGCCACUCGCUUUAUAUUACAUUACUAAAUACUUUUCUGUCUAGGUUAUUCCAUAAACAUGGAUUGGUAUCAAAUUAAUGGUAAGAUUCAGGUUAAAAUAGCCAACCUGUGAUAUAUAUAUAUAUAUAUAUAUAUAUAUAUAUAUAUAUAUAUAUAUAUAUAUAUAUAUCUCUCUCUCUCUCUCUCUCUCUCUCUCUCUCUCUCUCUCUCUCUCUCUCUCUCUCGAUAUAUAUAUAUAUAUCUAUAUCUCUCUCUCUCUCGAUAUAUAUAUAUAUAUCUAUAUCUCUCUCUCUCUCGAUAUAUAUAUCUAUAUCUCUCUCUAUCUCUAUAUAGAUAUAUAUAUAUAUAUCUAUAUCUCUCUCUAUCUCUAUAUAGAUAUAUAUAUAUAUAUAUAUCUAUAUAUCUAUAUCUCUCUCUAUCUCUAUAUAGAUAUAUAUAUAUAUAUAUAUAUAUAUAUAUAUAUAUAUAUAUAUAUCUCUAUCUAUAUAUAUAUAUCUCUAUCUUGGCCAUUUUAGCCUAUAUUUUUCCAUUUUCAUUUCACUUUGCUAUUAUUUGGAGUUUAAAGGUUUACUCCAAGCACAAUGACCACUUAAGUGAUUUGGUUAUGGUGCCUGGAGUCUCUAUGUGCAGCGUUUCAAAAUUAAGUGCUGCACAUACAUUGAAGUGUCAUCAGCUCUAGUUCCAAUCUGGCUAAUGUCAAUUCUGUGCAACUUUUGUUGCACAUAACUCUCAUAGUCAGACCUGAGAGUGGCCAGCAGAAGCUCUCUGCCAUUAAAGAUCUACAGCCCCAGCUUCUGUUCCAUGAAACUCUCUCACACAGCAAUAUCUGGGCACUUUAAGCUUUGUGGAAGCCGAACAAAGGACCACUGGGAAGCAUCAAAACUAAACAGGGACCCAUGUGAGGGAAGAAACAAUCAUGAAACAGUUUUCCCUUUUACCUGGGAACUGGGCACUCCUGGCAUAGAUUCCACUACAAUAAGUUUUAACCGUUUAAUUUGGUAACUGUAAUACUGUACUAAAUGCAUGGAACACUGUGCAACAUAUAGCUGAGUGCUGCUUACAUAGUCUAUACAAAGGGAUUGUUAAAUGUUCCAUACAGAAAGGUCAACAUAUCAUGUAGGAUCGAUUACUUUAUUACCUAAUCUUACUUAAUUUGCACAUCCUACUCUAGCACUACCUACUUACAAUGAUAAUUUGCUAAGGAGAAAAUCAUUGUUUAUUAGACAAAUACUGUUGAUUUCUCAUUCGUAUAGAAGGAACCCACAGGGCUUAUCUGUAAAAUGUAACCUUUCUCUAUGUAUUGUUCCCAUUCCAUUAAUUUGUUUACCACCAUAAAAUUAAAAGCUGCCUAACUGAAUGGUACAAUAGACAAGAUAAGACAAUGGUGAUUUUCUUUUUUUAAUGUUUAUUGUUUUCUUUGUUUAAUGUUCAUUGGAAACCAUCAAACAAUACUAUGUAUAGCCAGUUUCACAAUGAACCUUAAGGUGAGAAGUGGGAGAGGAAAGAUAGAAAUAUUGAUUUUAUUAGAAAGGGAUCCUUAGGGGGAGGUGAGUUUUCUUAUUUAUUUUAUUUUUUUUGUAAUGUUUUAAUACCUUUUUGGAAGGUGUACAGAUAGGACAUGAAGCAACCUGUGAUGUAGAGGAAAUCAUUGUUCACUAAUCCAGGCUUGCCCACAGGUACUAUCUUUGGCAUUUUAGUCAGAACUUUAAUUAUCCACUUUUACCAAGUGUCUAAAAAAAACACCUUCUACAAAUAUUUACCACCGGUGUGCCAAGCAUGCUGUGUUUAUAUACAAUUAAAUGUCAUUGUAUGUAUAUGUGUGCAUGUAAUUUUAUGUAUAUAUGUAUAUUACACAAUCCAGCGCACUCGCUUGUUCACUAAACAAUGAUUUCAAAUCUUAGAGAUUUGUAAUAGUUUUAUUUAAAAACACCUCACCUAGGCAAAUAAUGGGGGUUUAGUUACAUUAUAUGAUCAUACAUUGCAUAAGCCUGCCACAACGUCAAUGUACCCCAUUCUUGGUAAGUCCUACUCUAGCACCCCAAUGCUUGCUCUUAUGAGAUUAAUCUCUAUAUCUUUUUUUUUUUUUUCUUCAGUUUUUAAACAUGGGAACCAAUAUUUAAUGUAAACAUGUCAUAUUACAUAUGCUUUUGAGCUAUUUUGGCAUGCUUUUAAAUAUGCAUGCAAUGGGUUAAAUUUUGUUUUAAAUACUUUACAUUAUCUCCUAAAGUUGUUGUAUUUAUACUGUGUAUAUAUUAUACUUAUUCACUCAAUAUGAUUUAUUUAGAAAUGCUACAAAACCAGCAUGAUUUAACAUAAAAUCACAUGCAGAGCUGCAUUUGAAAUUUAUCAGGAAAACCAAAUUCCUGUCUCUCUUGCUGGUUUUAGGCAUGUUUGAAAUCCAGCUGUUACAUCUACACGCAUUGCAUUAUUACAAAGCUUGUUGUAGCUGGCACUGUUGAAUGGUAAUGCAGUAUUCCAACUGCAACUGCUGGGUCAUGGGUCUCAAGACUAUUUUUAAUGCUUUUAUUAAAUGUUAAUGAUGGGCAUUUUGUCUUAUAGCAGUUGGUGAUUAUCUUACAUGUAUUUUCACACCAUAAUGAGCAUCUGAUAAAUAAAUGCAUGCUGCUUGAUUCAAACUACAUGUUUUCCUUCCACAGUCCUGUGCGCUAUGUAACAUGACAAGACUAUUUGCAUCCUCGUACAAGGGGGAAGAGAGAAUAACGGAUGUGCUGAGAGCAAAGUUUCCUCAGGCCACCUAUAUUCAUGUGGUUGAUAUUUCAGGUAACAUAGCUAUAAUCAAACAGACCUCUCAUAAAAUUGACACAUGCAAGUAUCUAUUUAACAUGUCAUCCUAGAAUAUAUAAUUCACUUCUUAAUUCAAGGUCCUGUUUAAAUUAAACUUGUACAUGUAUUUGUACAUAUACAGAUUAUGCAGAGCAGACCCUGACAAAUACUGUGAAAGGGACGCUAUACUCAACAGAACUAGAUGGACGCAACGGUUCUUAUCUGCUGCCACAUUCUAUGUAACAAAUACAUCUUACUAUAGUUGUUCUAGUGCGUAUAGCAUAUCCCUGCAGGCAUUUUAAUGUAAACACUGCCUUUUCAAAGAAAAAUACAUUUCUGCCAUCGGACCCCUGCAGUGGCAGUCACUCAGAUGGUCACUAGAGGUGCUUCCUGGGUCAGCACUGACGUUCAGCGCCUCCAUAAAGCUGCAUUGAUUUAAUGCAUCUCUAUGAGGAGAUGCUGAUUGGUGCAUAGUUUUGCCUUGCAUGUACAAUAGCCUCCCAAUGCUUUUCCAUGGAAAGCACUGGAUUUGCUGAGAUCCUUAGCUUUGAGUCAGCGCCGACAUUGGAAAAAGGUGAGUAAACGCACUUUCUACAUAGCUGAUAGGAGGAUGGGGGGCCUAAACAUUGCUCUCACGGCUAUAGUCCUAGGAAUACAUGUUUGUAUUUCUGUCAAUAUAGUGUUUUGUUUUUUUUUUAGGUUGGUUUUUGACACUUUUAUAUAUUUGUUGAUAUAAAGUACAGUGUAGGGGAGAAAAGGGUAGGCGUGAAUGGCCACUGCCCUGCUGUUACUUUAUUAAGGAUAGAAUGCUUAUGAAAUGUGUAAAAGACUGGCUUGGAAUUCCAUUAAAAUUUCAAUGCAGUCAGAAUAUGACAAAGUAGGAACUGACUUGUCUUAAAUAUGAGAAAAAUGUUUGUAAAUAUGUGAUCGUGGCAUAGCUUUUGCUACCUCAUUCUGCCAUUAACCAUCAAGCUUCAAUGGCGAAAAGAAAUGUUUGUGUCAUGCAAUAGAUGUAAAUGUGCAAAAAAGUCUAUGGAAUGUCCUAUGAUGAGUCAGAUGAAGUAACCGUUCUUCUUUAAAUGAACACUAGGGUCAAGAAAACAAGCAUGUAUUCCUGACUCUCUAGUGUUAAAACCACUAUUUAGCCUCCUGCCACCUUUAAAUAGGAUGAAAACUCACCUUAUUUUCAGCACCGGUGCUUGGCUCAUCCCCCAUCCACCUCAUUGGCUUCCAUCAGAAUUGGAGAUGCAUUGAAUUAAUGCAUUUCGCAUCUCUAUGUGGAGAAUUCCGUUGUCCUUGCUGAGAGGCGGUGAUGCACAGUGCAGCACUGACCCAGAAAGCACCUCCAGUGUCCAUCCGAUGAGUAGACACUGGAGGUGUCCCUAGGGGGUAGUGUUUACAACAAAAAGGAUACUAUACUAACCAGAACUAUAGUUGUUCUGGUGACUAUAGUGCACACUGUAAAAGUAAACUACGGUGUGCACUUCAAAUGUCAUUUUAUUUGUCCAUUUUUAAUCCGAGAAGAAUUUCAUCCAUAUGUUUUACUAGUUGAAUGGCAAAGAUCAGUGGCCUCUGUGCAUCUCUACUGACUUACAAAGACUUUCUAAAUUUUAUUUGAAAUGUUGCAUCUGUUUAGCUUGCAUAGGUCAAUCUUUCUGUCACACUGUAAUCCCCCCCCAACUACGUUUUCUCACAGGAGGCUGUGGAUCCAUGUAUGAAAUUCACAUUGAAUCAGAAGAAUUUAAAUCUAAGCGUCCAGUACAGCAGCACAGAAUGGUUAAUGAUGUGAGUAUUAGAAUUAUGUUGCCAGUGUAAUUUAACAAUUUUGUAUUUUUGGCUUAUGGCAGUUGUAGGCCAGCCCAGUGGUGUCAGUAAGGCAGCCUGAAAUCCGUGCUUGGUUGCUUAUAUCCAUCUUGAGCAAACACCACACACAGCCUGGUUCACUUAACGGACCAACCCAACGGACUUGGCUUAAAGGACCACUAUAGUGCCCUGAGGGUCCCCCUCCCGCUGGGCUCUGGGGAGAGGAAAGGGUUAAAACUUACCUUUUCUCCAGGGCUGGGCCGGGCGCUCUCCUCCUCUCCGCCUCAGAUCCUCUUCGGCUGAAUGCGCAUGUGGGGCAGGAGCUGCGCGCGCAUUCAGCCAGUCUCAUAGGCAUUUACAAUGCUUUCCUAUGGACGCUGGGGUCUUCGUGAAGCACACAAACGCCUCUAGCGGCUGUCGAUGCGACAGCCACUAGAGGCUUUAGAGGCUGGAUUAACCCAUUUAUAAACAUAGCAGUUUCUCUGAAACUGUUUUAUAAAAAAUAAAUAAAAAGUUAAUCCUAGAGGGACCUGGCACCCAGACCACUUCAUUAAGCUGAAGUGGUCUGGGUGCCUAUAAUGGUCCUUUUAAUAAACAGUAAUGAAUACUCUGUACAGGAGCUUCCACCUCCGGUGAUGACUGGCUCCUGGUAGACCCCAGGUUUGUUUUACUUACUCUGCAAGGGCUCUGUCACAAUAACCACUAGACUAUAGUAGUUAUGGUGUCUGGAGUGUUCCUUUUAAUAAUGAAUGGGGCUUUGUGUAAAUUGAUAGCAAGUUUCACUGUGAGGCAUGUAACUGCUCCUCCCAUAAAUCGUUUGUACAAUGCUUCAUGGGACAAUAUCAGACCCUCCAGACCAGAAUCAGAGGCUUGUGAUUAGGGAGGGGUCUGUCUGCCACUGGCACUUCCUGUACAAGCACAGAACAGAAAGUAACUUUUUAGGUGCUUACCUUUUUGUCGAACUAUAACUUUAGCAUAUAAAACACUUGCUUUCUUUGCCAACUUCUGGUUUAAGGAAUAAAGACUUUUUACUAUGGGGAAAAAAUAGAUAUGGAAGUAUUCUACUCUGCUACAGUCACAGCUCAGCUUUAUACGGCUAAAAUAUGUAACUUGGUUUCCAUUUCGCUAGACUUGCCCAAAUAGCACAAAAUAAAGUUUUUCUCUAUUGAGUAACCAGACUAGUAAAUAACCACAAACAUCCUGACAUGCUUUUACAGCACUUUCUGAAGCAACCCACUGAGUUUAUUGACCUGCAAACAUUUGUUUCCAGUACUGCUCAAUUCAUAAUAAAUGCUUUUUUUUCCUCCACCCCUUAAAAGGCCCUGAAAGAAGAGAUUAAAGAUAUGCAUGGACUGAGAAUAUUCACAGUUGUUCCAAAGUAGUUUAACCACCGUCACCUGAAAAUGGCCAAUGUAUCGCUGUAUAAAUUUCACCGGGAGAAGAGCUGCUAACCUACAUUAGGGAAACAAGCCACUAUGUGCAUUCCCUGAAAGAAGAAAAACUUGUUGUUGUAUUGUGUGCCUUUCCACAAUCUACAAAUAAAUUGAAUUUUACACUGCCCCAGGGCAUCUUUCAUUUUGAUUGAGUUGUGUUAUGCCUGCAUAUUUUGUGGUGAAAAUGUUACAGAAAGUCUGCC